AUGCAUAAGUCAGGUAAAACUGAGUAUCUGAAGUCAAAACACAGAAAAUGGACCUUUGAGACAGCAAAGCAUGUGGGCAAAAGAGCUGUAGUCCUACGUGCCUGGCUUCAAAUACUGGCUCUGCCACUUACCGGCACGUGGUAUCACAGCAGGAUCCUAAACCACGGCCCGCCGCCAAAGCCUCAGCUACCCACGCUGGAAUUUAACCCGCCCAAGACUCACCAGCCCCGAGAACUCCGCGAGCACUACUUCCGGUCCUGCGCGGAACUUCCUGGCUUCGUGAAAGUGGGCGGGGUGGGGGAGCCGGCAGCCGGAGGUGGUCCUGCCGAUUUUGCGUCUGAGCCCAAGGCACUUCUAGAGGUUGACCAGAGUUACGCUUCUUGUCCUAGUAAUUUCUUGGCUCUUUGUGCCAGUAAUUACUACAAUGGCUGUAUAUUUCAUAGAAAUAUCAAGGGUUUCAUGGUUCAAACAGGAGAUCCGACAGGUACUGGAAGAGGAGGUAGCAGUAUCUGGGGCAAGAAAUUUGAAGAUGAAUACAGUGAAUAUCUUAAGCACAGCGUUAGAGGUGUUGUAUCUAUGGCUAAUAAUGGCCCAAACACCAAUGGAUCUCAGUUCUUCAUCACCUAUGGGAAGCAGCCACAUCUGGACAUGAAAUACACAGUAUUUGGAAAGGUAAUAGAUGGUCUGGAGACUCUAGAUGAACUGGAGAAGUUACCAGUAAAUGAGAAGACAUAUCGACCUCUUAACGAUGUACACAUUAAGGACAUAACUAUUCAUGCCAACCCAUUUGCUCAGUAGCUAUAAUAGACCUGGACAAAUACUUGGCAAACUACUCAAGGAACACACCUAUUAUGGUUUACCCAGUUUUAAUUAUGUCAGAGAUUGCAUCAUUAUACAACUUGUUUACAACUAAGAUCUACUUGUUUACAGCUAAGAUCUUCUAUGAGUUGGUGUUACCAAGGGAAGCCAAACAGCUUUAACUCCUAUUCUUAGAGGAUAUUCUUUACUGUAACUAUUUUUUUUUUCACACACACACACACACACACACACACACUGUAUUUUAUUUUUACAAGAGAUAAAUAGACUGACACCAAGCACUGUACAGGGAUGACCACAAAAAAGCAACAAUGAUUGCAAUUACCAAACAUGAAACACACUCAUACUAUGUCAUAAUAUUGACAUUCAGUCCAGUAAUCCUCCACUGUAACAGCUCCUUUACUUUGCAGUGAAAAUUGAUUUGUAUAUUCUUUGCCUCUGAGUCCUUGUGGGAUUUUUUUUUUUUUAAUUCAAACAGAAAGUCACAAAAAUUAUACUCAUCCUCAUCAGUUCACUCAGUCCCAUGUAAUUAAUUUUUUUUUUCAUCUUGAUCUUUUGUUAGCACUUUUAUGAGUUCAUCAGUUUUUCAUUAGAGUUCUGAAAAUGCUUAUUCAUUCAGUUCAGCAGUGCAGUCAGUUACCAGAAACCUGUACUUGUCAGAGUCUUUUCCAUGAAUUUCUUGAAGGUGAAACCCUUUUAUAGGAACAUAUUUGCAAAAGCAUCAGAGUACACCCAGAACUGUCUGUAAAUGACAAAAGACUUAAAAAUGACCACGGUUAAAGAUUUGAUGAAAGUUCAUAAUAAUGCAGUUGACAAGAAAAUUAGUUAUUUCUGAGAUAUACAUUUUAAAGUAAUAACUAGGAUUAUGACUUAUAACAUUAUACCAGAACAUAUAAGAUUUUUAGAAAUUUCAUGUAAUGUCUGAAACAUUUAUAUUAACAUAUUUCCAUACAAAU